CCCCGAACCGGCGGUUUAGUGGCGGCUGCCGAACUGUGGAACGGCGAGGACACCGCGGAGCCGCCAGCAUGAGGGCCCGCCGCCACCCCGAGUCCCCGGCUCGGCCUUUCUGACACGAGGUGUGAGAGGAUUGCUGUCAUACUGCAAUCAUGGUGCAGAAAUACCAGUCACCCGUGAGGGUGUAUAAACACCCUUUUGAAUUAAUUAUGGCUGCCUAUGAAAGGAGGUUCCCUACGUGUCCUUUGAUUCCGAUGUUCGUGGACAGUGACACUGUGAAUGAAUUCAAAAGUGAAGAUGGGGCCAUUCAUGUCAUUGAAAGACGCUGCAAACUGUACAUAGAUGCACCCAGGCUGUUGAAGAAGAUUGCAGGAGUUGAUUAUGUUUACUUUGUCCAGAAAAACUCACUGAAUUCUCGAGAACGUACUCUGCACAUUGAGGCCCAUAACGAAACGUUUUCUAAUCGGGUCAUCAUUAACGAGCACUGCUGCUACUCUGUUCAUCCUGAGAAUGAAGACUGGACCUGUUUCGAACAGUCUGCAAGUUUAGAUAUCAAAUCCUUCUUUGGUUUUGAAAGUACAGUGGAAAAGAUUGCAAUGAAACAGUAUACCAGCAACAUUAAAAAAGGGAAAGAAAUCAUCGAAUAUUACCUUCGUCAGCUAGAAGAAGAAGGCAUCACCUUUGUACCCCGCUGGACCCCGCCUUCCCUUGGACCCGCUUCAGAGACAGUGUCUUCAAGCAAGAGUCAGGCGGCGUCCUCAGCUGUUGUCGUCCCAGACACUGGCCUCGAGGGGCUGAGCAGUGAGGCCCUCAGCAGCCCUAGUGGGGUGUCUGAGCCCAUGGUGGGAACCCCUGAUGACAAACUAGAUGCAGACUACAUCAAAAGGUACCUGGGCGAUUUGACUCCACUCCAAGAGAGCUGCCUUAUCAGACUUCGCCAGUGGCUCCAGGAGACCCACAAAGGCAAAAUCCCAAAGGAUGAACAUAUUCUUCGGUUCUUACGUGCUCGGGAUUUUAAUAUUGACAAAGCCAGAGAGAUCAUGUGUCAGUCAUUAACGUGGCGCAAGCAGCACCAGGUGGACUACAUCCUGGAUACCUGGACCCCACCUCAGGUCCUUCAGGAUUACUAUGCAGGAGGCUGGCAUCAUCAUGACAAAGAUGGGCGGCCACUCUAUGUGCUCAGGCUAGGGCAGAUGGACACCAAAGGCCUGGUGAGGGCCCUCGGAGAGGAAGCGCUGCUGCGAUAUGUGCUCUCCAUAAAUGAGGAGGGGCUGAGGCGGUGUGAAGAAAACACAAAAGUCUUCGGUCGGCCUAUCAGCUCCUGGACCUGCCUGGUGGACCUUGAAGGCUUGAACAUGCGCCACCUGUGGAGACCUGGUGUCAAGGCCCUGUUGCGGAUCAUCGAGGUGGUGGAGGCCAACUACCCAGAGACGCUCGGCCGCCUCCUCAUCCUCCGGGCUCCCAGGGUCUUCCCUGUCCUCUGGACACUGGUUAGUCCAUUCAUUGAUGACAACACCAGAAGGAAGUUCCUCAUUUAUGCAGGAAAUGACUACCAGGGUCCAGGAGGUUUGCUGGAUUACAUUGAUAAAGAGAUUAUUCCAGAUUUCCUGAGUGGGGAGUGCAUGUGUGAAGUGCCAGAGGGUGGCCUGGUUCCCAAAUCUCUGUACAGGACUGCAGAGGAGCUGGAAAACGAAGACCUGAAGCUCUGGACUGAAACCAUCUACCAGUCUGCAAGUGUGUUCAAAGGCGCCCCGCACGAGAUUCUCAUCCAGAUUGUGGAUGCCUCUUCAGUGAUCACUUGGGAUUUCGAUGUGUGCAAAGGGGACAUUGUCUUUAACAUCUAUCACUCCAAGAGGUCGCCACAGCCACCCAAGAAGGACUCACUGGGGGCCCACAGCAUUGCUUCUCCAGGAGGGAACAAUGUGCAGCUCAUAGACAGAGUCUGGCAGCUGGGCCGCGACUAUAGCAUGGUGGAGUCACCUCUCAUCUGUAAAGAAGGAGAAAGUGUGCAGGGCUCACAUGUGACCAGGUGGCCGGGCUUCUACAUCCUGCAGUGGAAGUUCCACAGCAUGCCGGCGUGCGCUGCCACCAACCUGCCCCGGGUGGAUGAUGUGCUGGCCUCCCUACAGGUCUCCUCGCACAAGUGCAAAGUGAUGUACUACACUGAAGUGAUCGGGUCCGAAGAUUUCAGAGGCUCCAUGACCAGCCUGGAAUCCAGCCACAGUGGGUUCUCCCAGCUGAGUGCCGCCACCACCUCCUCCAGCCAGUCGCAUUCCAGCUCCAUGAUUUCCAGGUAGUGCCGCGAAGCCUGUGCCCAGUGUUCGGAGGGGACGGCCGUGCCUCCUGGACAGCCAGCUGCUCUCCGCCUGCCUGCCGCCCAGGGCGACAUUGUGCAGACUCUUCUCACCCUCUAGAUAGCAAAUGCUCUCCAGAUGGUAAAUGUAGUCAUUUCAUCCCAAACUAUUUUGACAGGAAGUUUUAACUCCAACCCUAACUUUAACUCAAUAGCCAUAGAUUUUGUAUACAGCGUGCACAAAAUCAAACCAGAGCACAAGGGCUCUCUUGAAAGACAAGUAGUUUAUAUGCUGGUUAAGAGAUUGACUUCGUCUCAGAUGAUGCAAAAAAUUUUUCCAACAAACUCCACCUUGCCCACUAGUGAGUGACUGACUCUGACAUCCUGCAGAGACGAGCCCACCUUCUCAUUUGGGACAGAAGCCUCAGCUGCCACCCUAAGCUGCACUGCAGUCCUCGCGGCUCCCCGUUAGUCAGCACGGUCUGUGGAUUAAUGGCAGCCCCUAGGUUCCUCCUGCUGAGGACUCGGGCAACCCUGGCUGGUCCACCUGCUGUUCUCAAGUGGGCACUGGUGGCUCAGGAGCUGCAGCCAGGGGCUCCCCAUGACUCCAGGAAACACCGCCAUCAUUAAACAUACAUUUCCGCCUUCCCACAUCUUUUAAUAUUUUCUAAGCAGGAUUCUUCUGUCUGUGGGCCUGGGUGGGGUUCUCUCCCUUCCCUCUGGUUGGCUCUCUCCUGCAGGGAGGUGUCUGCGCUCUGCUCACUUCCCUCCUCUGUGCUUGCCAGCAGCUCACCCUCCUUGGCCCAGUCAGUUUCCUGCCACUGUCUGAGGGCAUUUUGGAAACAGUACACUGCAUUUGAUGUUUCUGAACUGUGGGCACCGUGUGUUAGUGACCCGGCAGGUUCCCACAGUGCCAUGUGGCUAGCGGAGGCCAGCUUCUUUGCAAGUGGAAUUGUGCGUGUGCAGGUGCUUGUGUGUGUGUGGCAGUAGGGGUGGGCGGGUAGAAAUGUAGUUUAAAUGACAAGGGAGUCUUCAUAGAAACUAAUCAGAGUAUGAGAGGAUUUGCUCUUUAUAUUUUCCUUUCAACUGCCAGUUAUAGAGCCUGCUAUGUCUUGUGCAGGCCCUCAUUUUUUUCCCCUAGCAUUUUACAGGAAGAGCACAUUACUUACAAAUCUGUCCAGAAGUUGUAUAGGGCUGAUUUCAGUAAUAAAGAAAUGUAAUACGUUUUUGUGCAUGGCAGGAGAUUUUAAAGAUGUGUGCCAGAGCCCAUAUGGCCAUCACAGUGGGCACGUAAGGCCUAGAGUGCAUUGUGACUGCUCGGGGGUGCUGGAUGGGUGGCCGUGUGACUGGAGAGGUCUGUAGAAGUCAGGUGCAUGUCCCACGGGGAUACCUGGUAUGUGUGGGGAGGGACUGAGCAGCCCCUCUGGCUCCCCUGCACCCCGAGCCGCAGGCAGGCCUGCCUCCCUGCCUGUCUGCCUCGCUGCAUGGUUCCUGUACAGCGCAAGCUCCAUUGGCCCCGAAGCCUUGUUUCCAGGAAGCACGGCAGGGCGGCUUGCGUACCUGCUCUGCUUCUGGUAGUGCUUCCCAUCGCCAGGUUCUAAGGACCUGAAGAUGGUCCCUCUCUCUGUCUCUCUCUCUCCCUCCCUCUCCCUCUCCCUCUCUCUCCCCUGUCCCUCUUUCCUCUCCCUCUCCUCUUUCUCUGUCUCAGAUGGCGAUUUUGCUGAUAGCUGCCAAGAAAACGCUUCACUCAACAGUCCACAUGUACCCAGAGAUGUUUAUAGAACUCUUUGAAUUGCAGCCAUGUCCCCACCCCCCAUGCUGAAGAUCUGUUCUUUUUAAAUUGACUCGGAAAUGGCACUGUUUUAUCCCCAAAGAGCUGAAUGCAUCUUUAAGAGUUCAAAGCACACGACUGCACAGACGCUUACAGGUCCCCUGAGGGGUACGACACCUUGUCCUCCUUGCAGGAGCUACAGGACAUGUGUGAUUUGAUCAUGCCAUCUGCUAUGGUCACUCUUUCCGUGCCCUGCCACUUUUUAAAAAGAUGCUGCUGUCCUUUCCUCCUCUUCAGUACUAAAGAUUCUUUUGGUUCUCCCCUCUAAUACUAGUACCUUAAUUCACUUUCCUUCCUAAAUUCAAUAUUUGCAUAUCAAAUUCUGUAAAUGUUUUGUAAACAUAUUACCUCACUCUUGGUAAUACAAUACUGAUAGUCUUUAAAAGAUUUUUUUAUUAUCAAUAAUAAAUGUGAACUGUUUAAGAAAA